ACAGAAGCUGCUGUGUAUGUGCCCAGUGGAUUUCCAUGGGGUUUUCCAGCUAGAUGAGCGCCGCAGGGAUGCUGUGAUAGCUUUGGGGAUUUUUCUUGUUGAAUCUGAUCUUCAGCACAAAGAUAGUGUGGUGCCUUACCUUCUCCGGCUUCUGAGGGGUCUUCCUAAAGUACAGUGGAUAGAAGAAAGUACUGCACGGAAAGGAAGAGGCAUACUUCCAGUUGCAGAAAUCUUCAGCUUCUGCUUGGUGACUUUGUUGUCAGAUGUUGCCUAUCGGGAUGCCACUCUGAGGGAACAGAUUUUGGAGGCAGUUCUACAAGUGAUGCAGUUCCUGCUGGGAAUGUGUCAGUCCCCACAAGUUCAGGAUAAAGAAUAUUUAUGCAAAUAUGCAGUGCCAUGCCUGAUCGGAAUUUCACGAGCAUUUGGUCGCUAUAACAAUUCAGAAGAAGCUCUUCUCUCAAAGCUGUUCCCUAAAGUUCUUCCACAUUCACUGAGGGUCCCUGAAGAGCUGGAAGGAAUUCGCAGACGAUCUUUUAAUGACUUUAGAUCAAUUCUUCCCAGCUCUCUACUCGCUGUCUGUCAGGAAGGAACCUUAAAGAGAAAGGCCAGCAGUGUGUCCAGCAUCUCUCAGGUUAGUCCUGAACGUGGAAUUCCCCCUCCCAGCUCCCCAGGUGGAUCUGCUAUUCAUUACUUUGAAGGUUCAUACCUUCCUGAUGGGAGUGCAUUGGAUCCUGAUUAUUAUUUCUCUACAAUCAGCUCUAGCUUCUCUGUGUCUCCUCUUUUUAAUGGUAUUAACAACAAGGAGUUUAAUAUUCCACUGGAAAUGCUCCGUCAGCUGCUCCACAUGGUAAAACAGAUUGUUGGGGAUACACUUCUCAAAAGCCUAGAUGCAGUUGUAACUGAAGUUGCAGAGAUGAGUCCUAAUGCAGAUCUCUAUUAUAAAACAUUCAGUGACCCUCUUUACGUUGCCCAGUUUAAAAUGCUGAGAGACACACUGUAUUACAUGAAAGAUCUUCCAAACUCCUUUGUGAAGGAAAUCCAUGAUUUUGUGCUGGAACAGUUCAACAGCAGCCAGUCAGAACUUCAGAAAAUCCUCCAUGACGUGGAUCGAUUACACAAUGAACUAAGCCCCCUGAAACUGCGUUGCCAAGCUAAUGCUGCCUGUGUGGAUCUCAUGGUGUGGGCUGUGAAAGAUGAACAAGGUGCAGAAAACCUGUGCAUCAAGCUCUCAGAAAAGCUGCAGUCCAAGACCUCUAGCAAAGUCAUUAUUGCUCAUUUGCCACUGCUAAUUUGCUGCUUGCAGGGUCUAGGUCGUUUGUGUGAGAGGUUCCCUGUUGUGGUUCAUUCCGUCUGUCCCUCCUUGAGAGAUUUCCUUGUAAUACCUUCUCCAGUUCUGGUGAAACUAUACAAGUACCACAGCCAGUAUCACACAGUAGGUGGCAAUGACAUCAAAAUCAGUGUAACAAAUGAGCAUUCAGAGUCUACUCUCAACGUAAUGCAUGGCAAGAAAAGUCAGCCCUCCAUGUAUGAACAGCUUCGGGACAUUGCCAUAGACAACAUUUGCAGGUGCUUGAAAGCUGGUCUGACCAUAGACCCAGUGAUUGUUGAGGCCUUCCUAGCCAGUUUGUCUAACCGUCUGUAUAUCUCUCAGGAGAGUGACAAGGAAGCCCACUUGAUUCCUGACCACACGAUUCGUGCUCUGGGCCACAUUGCUGUGGCCCUUAGGGACACUCCAAAAGUGAUGGAGCCGAUCCUGCAGAUCCUACAACAGAAAUUCUGCCAGCCGCCGUCACCACUUGAUGUGCUCAUCAUUGACCAGCUGGGCUGCCUGGUUAUCACAGGAAAUCAAUAUAUUUACCAGGAGGUCUGGAAUCUCUUCCAGCAAAUCAGUGUUAAAGCAAGUUCAGUUGUUUACUCCGCUACUAAGGAUCACAAGGAUCAUGGAUACAGACACUGCUCCUUAGCUGUCAUAAAUGCCCUGGCUAACAUAGCUGCUAACAUUCAAGGAGAACACCUUGUGGAUGAAUUACUAAUGAAUUUGCUGGAACUGUUUGUUCAGCUUGGGCUAGAAGGAAAGAGAGCCAGUGAGAGAGCAAGUGAAAAAGGACCAGCACUGAAGGCUUCCAGUAGUGCAGGGAAUCUUGGAGUGCUCAUUCCUGUUAUUGCUGUGCUCACAAGACGCUUGCCACCUAUCAAGGAAGCCAAACCCAGGUUACAGAAGCUGUUUCGUGAUUUUUGGCUCUACUCGGUGCUCAUGGGAUUUGCUGUGGAGGGAUCAGGUCUUUGGCCAGAAGAGUGGUAUGAAGGGGUCUGUGAAAUAGCCACUAAGUCUCCGCUACUUACAUUUCCCAGCAAAGAACCUCUUCGUUCUGUCCUUCAGUACAACUCUGCCAUGAAAAAUGACACAGUGACGUCUGCUGAGCUGAAUGAAUUACGGAGCACCAUUAUAAAUCUCUUGGAUCCUCCUCCAGAAGUGUCGGCACAGAUCAAUAAACUGGACUUCGCUAUGUCUACCUACCUACUGUCUGUUUACCGUCUAGAGUACAUGAGGGUACUGCGUUCAGCAGACCAAGAUCGCUUCCAGGUGAUGUUUUGCUAUUUUGAGGAUAAAGCUAUUCAAAAAGACAAAUCUGGUAUGAUGCAGUGUGUAAUAGCUGUUGCAGAUAAGGUGUUUGAAGCUUUCCUGACAAUGAUGGCUGAUAAACCUAAAACUAAAGAGAAUGAAGAAGAGCUGGAGAGACAUGCGCAGUUCCUGCUGGUGAAUUUUAACCACAUUCACAAACGGAUCAGGAGAGUUGCAGACAAAUACUUAUCUGGUCUUGUAGAUAAGUUUCCUCACUUAUUGUGGAGUGGAACUGUGCUGAAGACUAUGUUAGAUAUUCUCCAGACACUGUCAUUGUCUCUUAGUGCAGACAUUCAUAAGGACCAACCAUACUAUGACAUUCCAGAUGCCCCAUAUAGAAUCACUGUCCCUGAUACAUAUGAAGCCAGAGAGAGUAUAGUUAAGGACUUUGCUGCACGCUGUGGGAUGAUUCUGCAAGAAGCAAUGAAAUGGGCUCCCUCUGUCACAAAAUCCCACCUGCAGGAAUACCUGAACAAGCAUCAGAACUGGGUAUCAGGCUUAUCCCAACACACAGGCUUGGCUAUGGCUACAGAAAGCAUUCUCCACUUUGCAGGCUACAACAGACACAACACCACAUUGGGAGCAACCCAACUAACUGAAAGACCGACUUGUGUAAAGAAAGAUUACUCCAACUUCAUGGCUUCUCUUAACUUGCGCAAUCGCUAUGCAGGAGAGGUGGCUGGAAUGAUUCAGUUCUCCAGUGCUACAGGUCGAACCUCCGACCUGAACAAACUGAUGAUUAAACAGCUCAAUGAUGCAUUAGAAGGAGGCCUGACCGAUUUCUACACCCAGGCCAUGUUUAAGAUGACUGCAUUGCUAAUAAGUAGCAAAGAGUGUGACCCUCAGCUCCUCCAUCACCUGUGCUGGGGCCCCCUGCGAAUGUUCACAGAACAAGGCAUGGAAACAGCCAUUGCUUGCUGGGAGUGGUUGCUUGCUGCUAAAAAUGGAAUAGAAGUACCGUUCAUGCGGGAAAUGACAGGAGCCUGGCAAAUGACAGUGGAGCAGAAAGUUGGUCUGUUCUCUGGUGAGCAGAAAGAAGCAGAUCCACUAGCUGCUUCAGAAGAAAGUCAGCCAAAGCCUUGCCCUCCAGAGGUCACUCCACAUUAUACCUGGAUUGAUUUUCUGGCACAGAGAUUUGAAAUAGCCAAGUACUGCAGCUCAGACCAGGUGGAGAUCUUCUCUAGCCUGCUGCAGCGGUCCCUGUCUCUCAACAUUGGAGGAGCCAAGGGCAGCCUGAACCGCCAUGUAGCAGCUAUUGGGCCCCGUUUCAAGCUGCUGACCUUGGGGUUGUCUCUGUUACAUGCUGAUGUUGUUCCAAAUGCAACCAUUCGCAAUGUCUUAAGAGAGAAGAUUUAUUCAACAGCCUUUGAUUAUUUCAGCUAUCCCACAAAGUUUCCCACCCAAGGGGAAAAAAGGCUUCGGGAGGACAUCAGCAUACUGAUCAAGUUUUGGACCGCCAUGUUCUCAGACAAGAAGUACUUAACAGCCAGCCAGCUUGUUCCUCCUGAUAAUCAGGACACAAGAAGUAACCUGGAUAUCACUGUUGGGUCUCGGCAGCAGGCCACACAGGGUUGGAUAAAUACUUAUCCACUGUCCAGUGGCAUGUCAACUAUCUCCAAAAAAUCAGGGAUGUCUAAGAAAACUAAUAGAGGCACACAGCUCCACAAGUACUACAUGAAACGAAGGACACUUCUGUUGUCAUUGCUGGCUACUGAGAUAGAGCGCUUGAUUACAUGGUACAACCCGCUGUCAUCUCCUGAGCUGGACUUGGAUCAAACUGGAGAGAGUAGCGUGGCAAACUGGAGGUCGAAAUAUGUCAGUCUGAGUGAAAAACAGUGGAAGGAUAAUGUGAAUUUGGCCUGGAGCAUUUCUCCUCAUCUUGCUGUGCAGCUGCCUACCAGAUUUAAGAACACUGAAGCAAUUGGCACAGAAGUGACUCGCCUGGUUCGGUUGGACCCAGGAGCUGUUAGUGAUGUUCCUGAAGCAAUAAAGUACCUGGUCACGUGGCACACAAUUGAUGCAGAUGCCCCUGAGUUGAGCCAUGUUCUGUGCUGGGCACCAACAGAUCCACCAACUGGCCUUUCAUAUUUUUCAAGCAUGUAUCCACCUCAUCCUUUGACUGCUCAGUAUGGUGUUAAAGUCCUACGGUCAUUCCCUCCGGAUGCCAUUUUAUUCUACAUUCCACAGAUUGUUCAAGCACUUAGAUAUGAUAAGAUGGGCUAUGUGAGGGAAUACAUCCUAUGGGCAGCCUCCAAAUCGCAGCUUUUAGCUCACCAGUUCAUCUGGAACAUGAAAACCAAUAUCUACAUGGAUGAAGAGGCACACCAGAAAGAUCCUGACAUUGGGGAACUGCUGGAGCAGCUAGUUGAAGAGAUAACUGGCUCAUUAUCUGGGCCAGCAAAGGAGUUCUACCAACGGGAAUUUGAUUUCUUCAAUAAAAUCACCAAUGUUUCCGCCAUCAUCAAGCCUUUCCCUAAAGGAGAUGAAAGAAAGAAGGCUUGUUUGAGUGCCCUGUCUGAGGUGAAAGUGCAGCCUGGCUGUUAUUUGCCCAGCAAUCCUGAAGCUAUUGUUCUGGAUAUUGAUUACAAGUCGGGAACUCCUAUGCAAAGUGCUGCAAAAGCUCCAUACCUGGCCAAGUUUAAGGUGAAACGGUGUGGAGUCAGUGAACUUGAAAAAGAAGGUCUGCGUUGUCGCUCUGACUCCAUAGACGAAAGUACAGAAGAAGGGGUAGACAGUAAGAAAAUCUGUUGGCAAGCAGCCAUCUUUAAAGUUGGUGAUGACUGUAGACAGGACAUGUUGGCUUUACAGAUCAUUGAUCUUUUCAAGAACAUAUUUCAGCUGGUAGGCUUGGACCUGUUUGUGUUCCCCUACCGAGUGGUGGCCACAGCCCCAGGGUGUGGUGUUAUUGAAUGCAUUCCUGAGUGCACAUCCCGUGACCAACUGGGCAGGCAGACAGACUUUGGGAUGUAUGAUUACUUUACAAGGCAGUAUGGAGAUGAGUCAACGCUUGCAUUCCAGAAGGCUCGCUAUAACUUCAUCCGCAGCAUGGCUGCCUAUAGCCUUCUGCUGUUUCUGCUCCAGAUUAAAGACAGGCACAAUGGCAAUAUCAUGCUGGACAAAAAGGGGCAUAUCAUUCACAUUGAUUUUGGUUUCAUGUUUGAAAGCUCUCCUGGUGGAAAUCUGGGCUGGGAGCCAGACAUCAAACUGACAGAUGAGAUGGUGAUGAUCAUGGGAGGGAAAAUGGAGGCCACCCCAUUCAAGUGGUUCAUGGAGAUGUGUGUCAGGGGGUACCUGGCAGUCAGACCCUAUAUGGACGCUGUAGUUUCUCUGGUUACGUUGAUGUUGGAUACAGGGCUGCCCUGUUUCCGAGGGCAAACAAUCAAACUGUUAAAGCAUAGAUUCAGCCCCAAUAUGACUGAGCGGGAGGCAGCCAACUUCAUCAUUAAGAUCAUUCAGAACUGCUUCCUCAGCAACAGGAGUAGGACCUAUGACAUGAUCCAGUACUACCAGAAUGACAUCCCAUACUGAGGAUGAUCCUGGGGAAAUAAAUACCUGUAACCCAGAACCGCAUCUCCAGACUAGUAAUAGGAACUGUUCAGUCACCUCACUAUCUCCAGUCUGCGUGUGUGUGUGUAUGUGUGUGCGUGAGUACAAACUUACCGGACAAUGCAACAAUCAAUGAAUCCGAUUUGUUCCUUUUUACUGGGAUGUAUAUUUUUCCGUGGUUUCCUAGGAGUUGGUUUUCUAGGAGUUGGCUGCAAUCAUCACUGAAAAUCCCACUGUGGUUAUGAAUGUGUAAGUCAGCUAAGCUGAAGCUGGGAAGAGUGGCGGUGUUCACACAACACAAGGAUUUUAUAGCAAGUUCAGUAAAAAAAAACUUCUAAUGUAUGAUCCAGGUGAAUCUCAUGGAAGUGAGUGGUUUGGAGUUCUCCCUUGGAGCAGUGAAGACUUGUUGAAUUGAUCUAAUUUAUACUGUAGAAAAAAUAAUGAUAAUCGUCCAAGGUGGUGAUGGGUAAUUGCAUCCAUGUUAAUAGUUUGCACUGUAUAUGGUCCCUGCUCCAUGGUCAGUAUUUCAUACGUACAUGAAGAAUGUAUUUUUUCUUUUGUGUGUUUUAAAAAAGACUCUACUGAAGAUAUAUUUAAUCUAUAAAAUGUAAUAAAAAGACU